AUGUGGUCAGUCAAAACAACCGGCGCGUUCAAGCUCUACGACGAGGCGAUCAGCAGCGCGAUUGAGGCGGCCUGGCAGGCAGCGCCGGCGGUUCAGGGCGACGCGACUUGCCGCGACGGCCGCGCGAUUUUCUCAAUUCGCGGCGAUGCCUACGAGAUCGACUUCACUCAGAUGGAGCAGCGUAAAAUUGGCGGGCGAACCCGGGGCUCUGCAGUGCAACGCUCGGCACCCGCUAACGCUGAGGUGAUUGAGGAGAUGGAGGAGGAGGAGGUGCUGGAGGAGGAGCAGAAGCGGCUGGAGACAGUGCUCGCCGGCGAUACCGCCGCUCGCAAGCCGAGUGGCGCGUACCCUCUCGACGCACGGCUGUGCAAGUGGGGCGGGCGCCUCCGCAACCGUGACGAGGGUGCACCUGUCGACGCGCGCCGCCGCCGCGUCAUGCCAGCUGAGCCGAUCGUGGCGGGCCUCAAGCACGAGCUUGAGAGCUUCCUCACGCGACACGCGCGCGAGCUCUUCAACAAGCAGCACCGCAGCGCCAACAGCUUCGACCUCAAGGGCGACUUCACGAUCGGCACCGGCUCGACAAACCCAGGCUUCAUCUGCCACUUCGAGAACGGCCUGCCCGGCUUUGUCAAGCACCCCACCAAGAACAUCGCCUUUCACGUGCGGCCAGUCGACGCGCAGCUCGCCGCGCGGAAGAUCUCACAGCUGCAGUUCCAGGCGUAUGAGCUGGCUCGGCAGCUGCUCGAGGCGAUCGACGCCGACUACGCCGCUGGCGAGUUCCUCGUGCAGUUUGCGCUGAUGGACGAGACGUCGGCUCGCGUCGGCUGCCACGUGGACGCGGGCGACAUCUCGUACCAGUAUGCGCUCGCGCUGGGAAAAUUUUCGGGCGCGAUGCUGCGCUGCUACACUUCGCGCGCCAAGACGGAGUGGGUCGACCUCGACACCAAGGGCCGCGUGGCCAAGUUCGACGGCAGGCUGCCUCACGAGGUGGUCACCCACGACUUCCGCGGCCAGCGUUUCACCGUGAUCGUGUACAAGAAUUACGACCACCGCAAGCACGGCGUGGAUGACCCCGUCUUUGGCUCGCCACGGCUUGUGUCGUAG